AUGGAAAACGACUUGAAGGAAGAACUGAAUAGAAGAAUGAGAACAGCAUGGGCAGCAUUCGCAGCCGUCAGGGAAGCUACGGACCAACUGACGGACCAAUAUCUUCGUGCCCAUCUGUUCGACUCGACACUCCUUCCAGCGCUCUGUUACGCAGCGGAGACAUUACCUGCAAAUUUAUUCUACGGGAAAAUGAUUCCUGAUCAGGUGGAUACAUCCUUUACUUCUCCGCAGAAAUGUGUUACGAACGGGACUUGUUCGUACUCGGAGAAAGUAGCAACGAAGACUUUCAGACCGCAAGUAGAGGUUCAUCUCAAGAAAGGAAUUGCGAAGUCUCAAGUGGAAGGAAAAUUGUCAGAAUUGGAAACACUUAUUAAAACACAAAGAAAUAUUCGAAAUUGGAUUCCAAUCGUAGUGGAGUCGACAGAUGCGGCGAGUGAAGAUUCCAAGUCGCUUACAGAGUUAAUACAAGGAAUAAUAGUUGGAUGCAUGAAUUUCCCUGACGCAUAUCACCUAGAUGAUAUCUUGGACACGAUAGCUUUGUGUGAACAAAAUGUACAUUUUUACAAACUUUACUGUGAUGGAGCCAUGUCUCAGUCUUUGUCAGUGGAUGAGAACUCUGACGAAACUGCGAUGGGUUCAUUGCUUUGGGAACUGCCGUGCACAGAAUUUGAGAAUCUUUGGGAGAAUUUGAUCUAUGACUCUGACCUGAAGAACGAACUUAUGUCUUAUGCUCACGCUCUCAUUCAUCUGUCUGACAAAGGAGCUGACAUGAAAGUAAUAAACGUAAAUCGACUCAUCAUUUUGCUCGGUCCUCCUGGUACUGGUAAAACUACUCUGUGCCGGGGGGUUGCACAGCAUCUUUCAAUUCGCUUGAAUUCGCGAUUCUCUUCUUCGGUGAUGGUGGAGAUCAACAGUCAUAGUUUAUUCUCAAAGUGGUUUUCAGAAAGCGGAAAGCUAGUGUUGAAAAUGUUCGACCAAAUAGACGAAAUGGCUGAAGAUGGAAAAUGCCUAGUAUUUGUUCUGAUCGAUGAGGUGGAAUCCCUUGGGAUGUCACGUGAUGCAUCCACCAGUCGAGGUGAUCCGGCAGAUUCAAUACGUGCUGUAAACGCGCUUCUCACUCAAAUCGACAGAAUUCGUCGUCUGGACCAUUUUGGCCGAUCAAAUGUUAUCGUCCUAUGCACCUCGAACUUGGAAGAUUGUCUUGACCGUGCACUGCUGGAUCGUGCGGAUGUUGUAAAACACGUUGGACAACCAUCUGCUACGGCACUUUAUUCUAUUCUUGCCAGAUGUAUCGAAGAACUGACAAGGAUCAAAGUUGUUACCACAGAGGAACGAAUUCCACAUGUAAGAGAGCUGAAAGACAAUGCUGCUAUGUAUCCUGCUGGUUGCGAAUUAAUGGAGCUAGCUAGGUUAGCGCAAGGACUUAGUGGGCGCUCCAUACGACAAGUUCCCGCACUGGCAUGGUCGAAAUCAGACGGGGAUGCAGUUUCACUCAACAAUUGUCUCCUGUUAUUCAGAGAAGCGAUACUGGAGAAAGCAGAACGUUGUAAGUAA